AUGCGCCCCGACCACAACCUCGCCGCCGCGCCAUUUUGCCGGGGUUUGAAUGUGCGGUGGAGCGGCAGCAGGGGUGGGUAUUGCCGGCUACGGUCCGCGGCUGAGAUUCCCUUCUCCGUACCCGUAUCCCCACGAGGUUCUGUGGCAAUGGAGCUCAGCGAUGCAAAUUUGCAAACGCUAACAGAAUAUUUAAAGAAGACUCUUGAUCCUGAUCCUGCCAUCAGACGUCCAGCUGAGAAGUUUCUUGAAUCUGUAGAAGGAAAUCAGAAUUACCCACUGUUGCUGUUAACAUUACUGGAGAAGUCUCAGGAUAAUGUUAUCAAAGUGUGUGCCUCAGUAACAUUCAAGAACUAUAUUAAAAGAAACUGGAGAGUUGUUGAAGAUGAACCAAAUAAAAUUUGCGAAGCCGACCGAGUAGCCAUUAAAGCUAACAUAGUGCACUUGAUGCUUAGCAGCCCAGAGCAAAUUCAGAAGCAGUUAAGUGAUGCCAUUAGCAUUAUUGGCAGAGAAGAUUUCCCUCAGAAAUGGCCUGACUUGUUGACAGAAAUGGUGAAUCGCUUUCAGAGUGGAGAUUUCCAUGUUAUUAAUGGAGUCCUUCGUACAGCACAUUCUUUAUUUAAAAGAUAUCGCCAUGAAUUUAAGUCAAAUGAGUUAUGGACUGAAAUUAAACUUGUUCUGGAUGCCUUUGCUUUGCCUUUGACUAAUCUAUUUAAGGCCACUAUUGAACUCUGCAGCACCCACGCAAAUGAUGCCUCUGCCCUGAGGAUUCUUUUUUCUUCCCUGAUCCUAAUCUCAAAACUGUUCUACAGUUUAAACUUUCAGGAUCUCCCUGAAUUUUUUGAAGAUAAUAUGGAAACUUGGAUGAACAAUUUUCAUACCCUCUUGACAUUAGAUAAUAAGCUUCUACAAACUGAUGAUGAAGAGGAAGCAGGCUUAUUGGAGCUCUUAAAAUCCCAGAUUUGUGAUAAUGCUGCACUCUAUGCACAAAAAUAUGAUGAAGAGUUUCAGCGGUACCUGCCUCGUUUUGUCACAGCCAUCUGGAAUUUACUAGUUACAACAGGUCAAGAGGUUAAAUAUGACUUGUUGGUAAGUAAUGCAAUUCAGUUUCUGGCUUCAGUUUGUGAGAGACCUCACUAUAAGAAUCUAUUUGAGGACCAGAACACGCUGACAAGUAUCUGUGAAAAGGUUAUUGUGCCUAACAUGGAAUUUAGAGCUGCUGAUGAAGAAGCCUUUGAAGAUAAUUCUGAGGAGUAUAUAAGAAGAGAUUUGGAAGGAUCUGAUAUUGAUACUAGACGCAGGGCUGCUUGUGAUCUGGUACGAGGAUUAUGCAAGUUUUUUGAGGGACCCGUGACAGGAAUCUUCUCUGGUUAUGUUAAUUCCAUGCUGCAGGAAUAUGCAAAAAAUCCAUCUGUCAACUGGAAACACAAAGAUGCAGCCAUUUACCUGGUGACGUCUUUGGCAUCGAAAGCCCAAACCCAGAAGCAUGGAAUUACACAAGCGAAUGAACUUGUAAACCUGACUGAGUUCUUUGUGAAUCACAUUCUCCCUGAUUUAAAAGCAGCUAAUGUGAAUGAAUUUCCUGUUCUUAAAGCUGAUGGUAUCAAAUACGUUAUGAUUUUUAGGAAUCAAGUACCAAAAGAGCAUCUUUUAGUCUCUAUUCCUCUCUUAAUUAAUCAUCUUCAAGCUGAAAGUAUUGUUGUUCAUACUUACGCAGCACAUGCCCUUGAGAGACUGUUUACUAUGAGAGGGCCUAACAAUGCCACUCUCUUUACAGCUGCAGAAAUCGCACCGUUUGUUGAGAUUCUGCUAACAAACCUUUUCAAAGCUCUCACACUUCCUGGCUCUUCAGAAAAUGAAUAUAUUAUGAAAGCUAUCAUGAGAAGUUUUUCCCUCCUACAAGAAGCCAUAAUCCCCUACAUCCCUACUCUCAUCACUCAGCUUACACAGAAGCUAUUAGCUGUUAGUAAGAACCCAAGCAAACCUCACUUUAAUCACUAUAUGUUUGAAGCAAUAUGUUUAUCCAUAAGAAUAACUUGCAAGGCUAACCCUGCUGCUGUUGUAAAUUUUGAGGAGGCUUUGUUUCUGGUGUUUACUGAAAUUUUACAAAAUGAUGUACAAGAAUUUAUUCCAUAUGUCUUUCAAGUGAUGUCUUUGCUUCUGGAAACACACAAAACUGACAUCCCGUCUUCCUAUAUGGCCUUAUUUCCUCAUCUCCUUCAGCCAGUGCUUUGGGAAAGAACAGGAAAUAUUCCUGCUCUAGUGAGGCUUCUCCAAGCAUUCUUAGAACGAGGUUCAAAUACAAUAGCAAGUGCUGCAGCUGAUAAAAUUCCUGGCUUAUUAGGUGUCUUCCAGAAGCUGAUUGCAUCCAAAGCCAAUGACCACCAAGGUUUUUAUCUUCUAAAUAGUAUAAUAGAGCACAUGCCUCCUGAGUCAGUUGACCAAUACAGGAAGCAAAUCUUCAUUCUACUAUUCCAAAGACUUCAGAAUUCCAAAACAACAAAGUUUAUCAAGAGUUUCUUAGUCUUUAUUAACUUGUAUUGCAUAAAAUACGGGGCACUAGCACUACAAGAAAUAUUUGAUGGUAUACAACCAAAAAUGUUUGGAAUGGUUUUGGAAAAAAUCAUUAUUCCUGAAAUUCAGAAAGUAUCUGGAAAUGUAGAGAAAAAGAUUUGUGCGGUUGGCAUAACCAAAUUACUAACAGAAUGUCCCCCAAUGAUGGAUACAGAGUAUACCAAGCUAUGGACUCCUUUAUUACAGUCUCUGAUUGGCCUAUUUGAGUUACCUGAAGAUACUACUAUUCCUGAUGAAGAACAUUUUAUUGACAUAGAAGAUACACCAGGAUACCAGACUGCCUUCUCACAGUUGGCAUUCGCUGGGAAAAAAGAGCAUGAUCCUGUAGGUCAAAUGGUGAACAACCCCAGAAUUCACCUGGCACAGUCGCUUCACAAAUUGUCUACUGCCUGUCCAGGAAGGGUUCCCUCAAUGGUGAGCACCAGCCUCAACGCAGAAGCGCUCCAGUAUCUCCAAGGAUACCUUCAGGCGGCUAGCGUGACGCUGCUUUGAACUGUAUUUUUUGAAUUGGCUUAGUCCAGGAUGGUUUCUGAGGACAUCGUGGAGACGUCUGAGCACAGCUGUGUUAAAGCAAGUGUUCCUUUUGAACUUGUCUAUUAAAUGUUGCUUUAAGCUGAA